AUAUCAAUUAUGACCUAAAAUUGAUCAAUUAUGACCUAAAAUUGAUCAAUUAUUAAUCGCGUAGGAUAAAAAUUUAUAAUUGAACCAUUUGAGCUAUUGGUCUCAACAUGAGACGGUCCGUCGCAAGACUUGCUGAAUUAGCAAUAGCAAAUCUCCUGUGAGAUGGCCGCAUGCGUUCGACCUCUCAUGGGUCUAGCCAUAAUUUUGAAGUUGUCAUUUUAAAGCUUGAAUUGACAUUUUGGACAAUUAAAUAGGUUAAGUCUUGAAUUUGACAAACUUUAAAUCAUUGGAAUAGACAUUCUAAGUCUUGAAAUGAAUAUUUUAUAAUUGGUGUAGGUAAGUAAAAUGUAAAAAUUAAGGGUUGGAGUAAAGAUUUUAAAAGUUAGAAUUGACAUUUUAACUGGUGAAAUGGGUAUUUUAAGGGUUAAAGUCAAAAGCUAAAAAAUUAAAUUAAGCCUCGAGAGGAGGAGAUUGAGGCUUGGAUUAAAAUUUUAAAUAUUAGAUUUGACUUUUUAAGUCUUAAAACAGAGGUUAUAAAGCUUAAAUUCGAAAAUUAUAAAAAACUUUUUUAAUCGCACGCCAAAAGCCGCAAACAAGUUUUUGUGUUUGGCAAUGCCUAGUUAGUAGUUAGGUAUAAAAUUAAAUCUAGCCCAAUAAUACUUAAACCCGUCCGCUACUCUCUUCGUUCACAAAGAUAUUAGAAAACAAAACCUAUCUCUGAAAGAAGGAGCGUCUCUCCUCUCAGAUUCUCAUGGCACAUCGCAUCUCUCAUACAUCUCUAUCUUUAUAUAUCUGUAUUUGAACGCCUCAAACCAUCUCAAAAGCUUGCUCAUCACACCACGAUAGGAAGGCUGAAGCUGGAAGGCAUGAUUGUAUGACCUUCAGUGGUUGAUAACAUACAUCACAUUCCUUUGUCUUAUGGCCUUAGUGGUGAUCUGUGGACAACCAUGCAGUGGAAAGUCAACUGCUGCAACAUGCUUAGCAGAAGCUCUCAGAGCCUCUGAAUCUAAGGCAACUGUCAGGGUUAUUGAUGAAACUUUCUUUCAUCUGGAUCGCAACCAAAGCUAUGCCAAUAUGAUUGCUGAGAAGAAUGUAAGAGGGGUACUGAGGUCUGAAGUUGACAGAUCUGUAUCAAAAGACAAUAUCAUCAUUGUAGAUUCCUUGAAUAGCAUUAAAGGUUACCGAUAUGAGUUAUGGUGUUUGGCUCGUGCAGCAGGAGUUAGGUACUGUGUCUUACACUGUGACGUCAAAGACACUGAUUGUCGAAAAUGGAAUGAAGAUCGGAAAGACAAAGGUGAAGCAGGAUAUGAUGAGAUAAUCUUUGAAGAUCUGGUGAGAAGGUUUGAGAAACCAGAUAGUAAAAAUAGAUGGGAUUCUCCUUUGUUCGAGUUACAGCCAUCCAAAGAUGAGAUAGAAAAAUCAUCCCCUGCCAUUUUGGAUGCUGUCUCAUACUUGACAAAGACAGUUGAUUCAAAGACUAGAGAUGUCAAAAUUUUGCAGCCUACAAUUGCUACCCAAAGUGUGCGACCUUCAAAUGCAAAUUCUCUUUAUGAGUUGGACCAGGCAACUCAAGAGGUAAUGAAUGCGAUUAUAGCAGCUCAAAGUAAUUCACUUAACGGACCAGUUCUCAUUGGUUCGGGUUUACCAACCCUCAACAUUCGAAGUGCGGUUGGAUAUCCUGAAUUACGUAGACUGCGUAGGACUUUUAUAAAAUUGACAAGCCAGACUAGCUUAAGUGGUCCACCCCCUCCAGCCGAUGCAGAAAGUGCAAAGCGAAUGUUUGUGGAUUAUUUGAACCGAGAAUUGGGAGAUUAGAGUACAAGGGUGUCUUAAAAUGAUCCUUGAGAAACAAAAUACGGAGGUUUGUAACUGUUGUGUUGUGCAUUUGUGUUGGAUCAGUUUACUUGGGACUCUGAAGAACCAUAUUCUGGUCAAGCUUUAGUUUUACAAAUAAAUUGUCAUCUUGAAGUUAAAAGUGCUUAUUUAUGGAUUUUUUUUUCUGUGAGCGGCUUGCUUAUUGCCAGUUGAAUACUUUAGAGAAUUCACAUGGUUUCAGUAAGACCAGUCUAUAGGAGUUAGAUAGGAUUUGCCUUCCAUUUUUAGAAUGUUGAGUUUUCACCAUCCUAAAUUCCUUUUUUGGUUUAUUUUAUGCCAUACUACGAUCUUGUAGGAAAAUCAUUUGUAUUUUCUCCUUCAUAUUUAAUAUUUACUAGCAAACAUAACAGAACUGUGACAGUUCUUAAGCUUUCUGUUUAUGGAAGUGGGCAAUUUUCAUUGCCUGAUAGUUCUCGAUGUUGUGUACUCUUUCCCAACUGUGAAAUGACUAUCACAGAGGAGAAAAAAUUGUAGCCUCAACUUUGAAUGCAAGCGGAAGAGUUAAAUUGUGUCUCAAUGGA